AUGGACUACGAGACGGCAAAGGAGCAAUGGGGCGAGGUAGAAGAUCGCGAUGGUGUCCGGUUGAGUUGGAAUACCUUUCCCAGCUCUCGAAUGGAAGCUUCAAGGCUCGUUGUUCCGAUCGGCGCACUCUACACUCCCUUGAAGGAGAAGCCCGAUACUCCUCUCCUCCACUUUGAGCCUGUCACCUGCAAACAGCCUUGUCGCUCGGUGUUGAACCCCUUCUGCCAAGUCGAUGUGCGCGCCAGAGUUUGGAUCUGUCCUUUUUGUCUAUCGCGAAACCAGCUUCCUCCCCACUACAAAGACAUCACCGCCAACGCUAUCCCUCCCGAGCUACACCCCGCGAACACAACCAUCGAAUACCGCCUCUCGCGGCCUGCCCCGGCACCUCCGAUCUUCCUAUAUGUGGUGGACAUGUGCCAGGAGGCAGACAGCCUCGCCUCCCUGAAAGAGUCUUUGGUCAUGAGCUUGAGCUUGUUACCUGAGAACUCGCUCGUUGGCCUCAUCACAUACGGCACCAUGGCUCAUGUGCACGAAAUUGGCUAUGAAGAAUGCGCCAAAUCUUACGUGUUCCGAGGCAGCAAGGAAUACACUGCAAAGCAGGUGCAAGAGAUGCUUGGACUCUCAACGUCUGGUCUCCGGCCCGGCAUGCAGCCCCAACCUGGCCGGCCCUUCCCUGCUGGGCCGGCAUCUCGAUUCCUCUUGCCUGUCCAGCAGGCUGAAUUUCAGCUGACAAAGGCGCUGGAGUCUCUCCAGAAAGACCCCUGGCCUGUUGCCAACGAUCGACGCAACCUUCGAUGCACCGGUGUUGCCCUCAGUGUCGCUGUGGGCCUCAUGGAGUCGUCAUUCCAAAAUGCUGGUGGCCGCAUCAUGCUUUUUGCCGGCGGACCUGCGACCGAAGGUCCUGGUAUGGUUGUCGGACCCGAACUGAGAGAGCCCAUCCGAUCGCACCAUGAUAUUGACCGAGACAACGUCAAGUACUACAAGAAAGCCUUGAAGUUCUAUGACAACUUGGCCAAACGAACAGCUCACAACGGGCAUAUCAUCGACAUUUUUGCGGGCUGCCUUGAUCAGGUCGGCCUGCUGGAAAUGAAGGGGCUGUGCAACUCAACAGGUGGUCAUAUGAUUCUUACUGACAGCUUCACUUCUUCCAUGUUCAAGCAAUCCUUCGUGAGGAUCUUUGAAAAGGAUGGCGAUGACAACCUAUUGAUGGGAUUCAACGCUGUGCUUGAAGUGCUGACCACCAAGGAACUGAAGGUCACUGGCUUGAUCGGACAUGCUGUUUCUCUCAACAAGAAGUCCAUAUCCGUCGGCGAAACAGAAUGCGGAAUCGGCAACACCUGCUCCUGGAAGAUGUGUGGCAUUGACCCGAAGUCGAGCUACGGAAUCUACUUUGAAAUCGCUGGCCAGGGUCCUGCAACACAUCAACAGGCGCCACAGAACGGCAUGAUGCAAUUCCUUACAUACUACCAACACUCCUCUGGCCAGUUCCAUCUUCGUGUCACCACGAUUUCAAGGCCCUUGAGCAGUCCCGCCGGCGACCCCGCCAUUGCUCAGUCAUUCGACCAAGAAGCUGCCGCAGUUCUCAUGUCGCGGAUCGCCGUCUUCAAGGCUGAAGUCGAUGAUGGCCCGGACGUACUGCGCUGGGUUGAUAGAAUGUUGAUUCGGCUCUGUUCGAGGUUUGCCGACUACCGCAAAGAUGACCCAUCCUCCUUCCGACUGGAGAAGAACUUCACUCUGUACCCGCAGUUCAUGUUCCACCUCCGUCGAAGCCAGUUCCUCCAGGUGUUCAACAACUCGCCAGACGAAACAGCUUUCUACCGUCAUGUGCUGAACCAUGAGGAUGUGAGCAACUCUCUCGUCAUGAUCCAGCCUACUCUAGACUCGUACACAUUUGACCAGGAUGGUGGUCAACCUGUGCUGCUGGACUCGGCCUCUAUUCAGCCAACCCAUAUCCUUCUCCUCGACACCUUCUUCCACAUUCUGAUCUUUCAUGGAGAGACAAUUGCAGAGUGGAGGAAAGCCGGAUACCAGGAUCAGGAAGGCUACGAGAACUUUGCUGGUCUCCUAGAACAGCCCAAAGAAGACGCUCGUGAUCUCAUCACAGACCGAUUCCCCCUUCCGCGAUUCAUCGUCUGCGAUGCUGGGGGAUCUCAGGCUCGUUUCCUCCUAUCCAAGCUCAACCCAUCGACUACCCACACAACCGGUCCCUAUGGCGGUGUUGGGGCUACAACUGCACAAACCAUCUUCACUGAUGACGUAUCUUUGCAGACCUUUAUGGACCACCUAAUGAAGCUUGCUGUUAGCGGAACCAACUAA